AUGUCGGGAACAAUGGCCCUUGGGAAUUUGAUUCUCGGAGCAGCAAUUUUGUUAGCAGGUUUGAGUCCCAUUAAAGCUUUAAACAUGUUGACAUGCUCGGGAAUUGCUUCAUUUUGUGAUAGAACAUGUGCCAAGUAUCAUGUCAGUGUGGACUUUGCAUCAGGCUCAGCAAAACGAAGUGACGAAACAGGCUUCAGACCAUAUGAAGAGACGGCGAAGAUUGUUGGCAGCAAAAUGCUUUUGAAAGACAUUGGAAAGUUGUCACCAGCACAACAGACCUCUUGGCUUGAGGCAUUCCACAAAGUUGUUUGCCAUUUUGCUCCAAAAUUUGUACACUAUGAACAUCCUCAGAUGGAAGCAAGGUUGUGUCUGGCUGCCUUACAUUUCAACGAGAAUGCUAAUCGGGCACAGGCAACAAAAAAGGAUGGCACACCGCAAUAUUCUGUAUUGUUUCAAAGAGGGCGUGAAACUGGAGUUGCGAAAGAAGUCAAAGUUGAAAUGACUUAUGAUUAUGUUCGUGAGCUUAUGGCAGAAGUUCUUCUUACCCACGAAGUAUGAAUUUAAUUAUCCAGCAUUAGCCUACAAAAAUUCCACUGGAAUUGUAUCGACAGAAGAAAAAAACGACAUUCUUGGUCAUGAUACAGGAAACACUGAUAAAGGAUGAAGUUAUUGUACCCCCCGACAACAAAGUUGUAAGGGGGGGUAUAUUGGUUCCAGGUUGUCUGUCCGUCCAUCCGUCUGUCUGUAGACACAAUCUUGUGUGCACCAACUCUCCUCAUUCCCUUGACACAAUUUAAUGAAACUUCACACAAGUGUUCAGUAACAUUUGUAGUUGUGCAUGGUGCAUGUUAGGUUAUUUCAGAAAAAAAAACAUUGCAGAGUUACGGGACUUUGAUUUUUGUUACUAUACUAUAUACAUACAGUCUGCAUAUGCAAUCUUGUGCGCACCAACUCUCCUCAUCCCCUUGACACAAUUUAAUGAAACUUCACAAAAGUGAUCAGUAACAACAGUAGUUGUGCAUGAUACAUGUUAGGUUCUUUCAGAAAAUUUUUUUGCAGAGUUAUGGGACUUUGUUUUUUGUUACUAUACUAUAAACAUAGACACAAUCUUGUGCGCACCAACUCUCCUCAUACCCUUGACACAAUUUAAUGAAACUUCACAAAAGUGAUCAGUAACAACAGUAGUUGUGCUUGAUGCAUGUGAGUUCUUUCAGAAUUUUUUUUUGCAGAGUUAUGGGACUUUGUUUUUUGUUACUAUACUAUAUACAUAGACACAAUCUUGUGCGCACCAACUCUCCCCAUCCCCUUGACACAAUUUAAUGAAACUUCACACAAGUGAUCAGUGACAACAGUAGUUGUGCAUGAUGCACGUUAGGUUCUUUCAGAAAAAAAUUUGCAGAGUUAUGGGACUUUGAUUUUUGUUUCUAUACUAUAUACAUACAGUCUGCAUAUGCAAUCUUGUGUGCGCAUAAUCUCCUGAACCCAUGCACACAACUUAAUGAAACUUAACACAAGUGAUCAGUAGUAACCCUAGUUGUGCAUGAUGCAUGUUAGGUUCUUUCAGAAAAAAAUUCUGCACAGUUAUGGGACUUUGUUUUUUUGUUAAUAUACUAUAUACAUACAGUCUGCAUAUGCAAUCUUGUGCGUGCCUAAUCUCCCGAACCCUUGCACACAAUUUAAUGAAACUUCACACAAGUGAUCAGUACUAACCCUACUUGUGCAUGGUGCAUGUUACGUUCCUUUAGAUAAAUAUUCUGCAGAGUUAUGGGACUUUGUUUUUUGUUACUAUACUAUAUACAUAGAGUCUUUAUACUUACAGUCCAGAUAAUUAUGCAGUCUUGUGUGCGUCAAAUUGCAAUGUAUUGUGUCAGUGCAUGCGGGGGGUACAUUCAUCACCUUCAGUGAUAGCCUGAUAGGUCUAGUUGCUACAUGUACCAUGGAAACUGCAUUUUCAUACAGUUCUAACUGCAUUUUACUGGGUGCAACUUCAGGUUUAUGAGUUUGUCUUUUAUUCAGAGAAUGCUUUGGUGUGUAAAUAAUUCUUUUUUUGUAAAACAUAGUUUGUUUAUCUUUUAUAGAAACUUCUGCAUAGACAGUAAAAUUUGCUGUAAAUGACUUUAAUUUAUUGUACCUGUGUUUUAGUAAAAGAUAUCACAGAUUUUAAUGAUAACUGAAUAUUUAUGUUGAUGUGUAAUUUUAUACUUUGACAGAAUUGGUACCCAUUGCUGUGAAACUGAAGUGCUUAAGAGAAAGUUAUUACUUUCAUGCUUGUGAUAAAACAUAAUGAAGAUGUGCUUGAUUUAAAUUCUAUGUAGUGCUUUACAGACAUUAGGUAUAAAUGCCAGUGACCAAUAAAUUGAUUAUAUAUGUGAUAAGGAGCAGUCAGUUUUGUGUGUAAUUUAACACCUUGAAAAUAAAUGUGUAAAUUGUUUAAAAGAAAAUCCCCCUUUUUGUGCACAUUUAGGAGAAAAAAAUGAGGACAAAAAAAAAAUUCAAAGUUGGCCUUAGAAUUUAAAAAUAAAACAUGAUAAUGGCAAGAAAUAAUUUCAGUCAUGUCACUGAGGAUUCACUCUUGGGGGUCAAGAAGCAAGAGUACAUACCCCUGUCAAGUAUUUCGCCUUGGAAAUUGGUUCAGAUGUUGCUUUAAAAAACAUUGAAAACUUGUUUAUUAUAACUGCUUGUACCUGUUAGCAAGAAUACACAACUCUGUAAAAUGUUUUCUUGGUUUUUUUUGGGAGGCAUAUAGUGAUUGUCCUGUCCUUACGUCCAUCCAUACGAGGUUAACCAAAUGGGACUUUUCGUCUAGCAUCAAUACCCCUUACUAGAAUGACUUGAUACUAAUGCAGAUGUAACCUGUGACUAUUCCUCAUCUUCAAACAUCACCUGACCUCAGUUUGACCUUGACCUUGACCUCAUUUUGGACUUAGGUUGCUUUAUAUGGGCCAUCUCUUGGUUAACCAAAUGGGACCGUUUCAUCUAGCAUCAAUACCGCUUACAAGAAUGAAUUGAUACUAAAACAGAUGUAACCUGUGACCAUUCCUCAUCUUCAGACAUCACCUGACCUCAGUUUGACCUUGACCUCGUUUUGGACUUGGGUUGCUUUGUAUCAACAAGGAUGCCACCGGGGGCAUCAAGCGUUUAUUGAAUG